CACCGGGUCCCACUAUCACGCGGCAGGCUCGGCCACGAGCGCUGCAGCUCCGCGCCGCCCGCGCCGCCUCCCCCAAGUCCCUGCCCCGCCGAGGAGCGUCACUUCCGCCACCCCCGGCCGGGGUUGGGGCGGGGAGCGCGGGGGAGGGGGCCAGUGCUGAGGGAAGCCCGCCCGCGCCCGAGCAGGGACUACAUUUCCCGAGGGGCCUCGGCGGCGGCGGCGGCGGCGGCGGCAGCAGCGGCGGCGGGCGCGGCAACGUCCCCCGGAAGUGGAGCCCGGGACUUCCACUCGUGCGUGAGGCGAGCGGAGCCGGAGACGAGACUAGAGGCCGAACUCGGGAUCUGACAAGAUGGCCGGGCUGCCCCGCAGGAUCAUCAAGGAAACCCAGCGUUUGCUGGCAGAACCAGUUCCUGGCAUUAAAGCAGAACCAGAUGAGAGCAACGCCCGCUAUUUUCAUGUGGUCAUUGCUGGCCCCCAGGAUUCCCCCUUUGAGGGAGGGACUUUUAAACUUGAACUAUUCCUUCCAGAAGAAUACCCAAUGGCAGCCCCUAAAGUACGUUUCAUGACCAAAAUUUAUCAUCCUAAUGUAGACAAGUUGGGAAGAAUAUGUUUAGAUAUUUUGAAAGAUAAGUGGUCCCCAGCACUGCAGAUCCGCACAGUUCUGCUAUCGAUCCAGGCUUUGUUAAGUGCUCCCAAUCCAGAUGAUCCAUUAGCAAAUGACGUAGCGGAGCAGUGGAAGACCAAUGAAGCCCAAGCCAUAGAAACAGCUAGAGCAUGGACUAGGCUAUAUGCCAUGAAUAAUAUUUAAAUCGAUCUGAUCAUCAAGUAUGCAUCACUUCUCCUGUUCUGCCAAGACUUCUUCCUUUUUGUUUGCAUUUAAUGGACACAGUCUUAGAAAUAUUACAGAAUAAAAGCCCAGACAUCUUCAGUCCUUUGGUGAUUAAAUGCACAUUAGCAAAUCUAUGUCUUGUCCUGAUUCGCUGUUGUAAAGCAUGAACAGAGGCUAGAAGUAUCAUCUGGAUUGUUGUGGAAACGUUUAAAAGCAGUGGCCCCUCUGCUUUUAUUCAUUUCCCCUAUCAUGGUUUAAGUAUAAAGCACUGUGAAUGAAGGUAGUUGUCAGGGUUAGCUGCAGGGGUGUGGGUGUUUUUCUUUAUUUUAUUUUAUUUUUUUUUAGGGGGGAGGUAUGUUUUAUUUUAAUUUUAUGGGCUCCCCCCCCCUUUAUGGUGAUCUAAUUGCAUUGGUUAAAAGCAGCUAACCAAUUCUUUAGAAUAUGCUCUCUAGCCAAGUCUAACAAUUUAGACUCUGUAGAUGGACAAGCUUGAUUGUUUGAACCAAAAUGGGAACAUUAAACAAACAUCACAGCCCUCACUAAUAACAUUGUGACUUUGCUGUCAAGUGUAGAUUCCCCCCUUCAAAACAGCUUGUGACCAUUUUGUAUGGCUUGUCUGGAAACUUCUGUAAAUCUUAUGUUUUAGUAAAAUAUUUUUUGUUAUUCUACUUUGCCUUUGUACAGUUUAUUUUACUGUGUUUAUUUCAUUUUCCCAAUGUGACAAUCGUAUUUAAAAAUUAAAGCUCUGAUGGAACAUUCUGUUUUGGUUUUCACCAUCUGAUAAAUUGAAUGGCAAAAGGUAGAUUUUGCCAGUUUUUUUUCACUGAUGCAACUCUGUGUUACAGCAUUAUUGAAUGGAGUAUUUAUAAACUAGCCCUAAGCAUGCAUAAAGCAACAGUAUCUGACCUUUUUUUACCUCCUAGAAAUUUGAAAUAAAUGUUGUGUUGUCUGAUUAGUUAGGUCAUUGGUGUCUUGCCACGAUGUUUGAAAAUUACCAUAUAGGACAGUCACAGCAAAGAAAGUUUUCAUGUGUUACAGCACAUUUUUGCCUUGGAUUUGGGUUAUGACCUUUUUCUUGAUCCUUGUCUGAAAACUUCCUGCCCGUGUGUGUUAUUGGGAAACACCAAUCUGAUCAUCAUCUGGGGUUUGCGGAGGCAUUUGUGAGUCUCCCUGACAGGCCUGGUGCACAGAUCUCAAGCACACCACCUGCCUGAGUGUCAUCAGAAGGCUUCUUCCUGUGAGAGCAUCAGAUACUCAGUUAAUGAUUCUUUCAUCUUUCUGGUUGUUGCUGUGGGAGCUUUUAUUCUUUGAUUUGGAAUUCAUUGAUUCUUUUUCUUCAUUGACCGACUGAGUUCUUCCCCUCACAAAAGUGUUCUUUCCCACCUCUCUUCCUGUCUAAUUCCUCAUUCUUGGUAUUUUGAAGUCAUAAACGUAGCCAGCCAUAAAUCUGUAAACUUGGAACCUUUUUCUCUUGCAGUUUAAGGUAAUGGAUAUUGUAGCCCAUUUGGAUUUUCUUCAUUCUUAUUCUCAUAACUUUUGGAAUUUCUUCAGAAUGUAGUGUAUUUUAUUGUGAUCUUAUGUAAUAUGAAGAAUUAUCUAUUAAAAUUACAUUUUCAACAUAAAAAAGCAUUUGAUGAGUGGUAACUGAUAUCGGUAGCAAAUGUUAAAAUUCAGAAUAAAGUAGUUACCAUUGUGAAUUUUAAAACUGUUAAUAGUGGUUGUUUAUAGACAAUUCUUGCGUUAUUCAGAGGGCAUCAUUGACUACAACUUAGGAAACGGAAUAUCAUUCUAAAAUUGACUUCAAGCUGUUAGAGAUCAGCAUUAUUUACUGUGGGUAGCAUUGUUCAUGGUUUUAGCUAGUAUCACAUAGUGAUUUACAAGUUAGAAAAUCUCAGAUUUAAAUCUAUUGCACUAUAGAAAUCUAUCUAAAGAGGACUAUGAUGUCUACUAAGUUUAGAGUUGUGGAAAUACAGAAAUGAAUUAAGGCUUUGACCUCAAAUAUAUGUACUCCUAAUUUCAGGGCAUUGCAUUUUUUCCCCCUUUGGAAUUUUGAUGAGAGGUCCCUAUUGUUUCGAAAAGACUUGCUUUCUCAACCAGUGGGAUGAAGCAAGAGCCAAUGUGUUGAUUGCACUUUCUUAGGAGAUCUGGGAGAGACCAAAGCAGUGGUUGAAAACUGGCAGUACUUCUGGCCUGCAGGCCUAUUUAGCUUGGCCUCACACAGUGUGGUUGGUUAGAAACAUUUUGAAUUUGCUGCCAGCACUUUAAAAUCUGGAGGUUCACAGGAAAAUCCAGAAUGCAAAUAUCUGAAUGAUCUGAAGAAAGAGCUGGCAGUUGUGGACCUGCCCCACCUCUGUGCAUGGCACCUACUGGAAGGAGCUGACUAGCAACCACCUGAAGAGCAUGUCAUUGUCCUCUUACCCAGUUAGUCUCCAGUUGACUAGGGUCCCCUGCUAGCCUGCCUGCUCUUUUAAAUAGUUCUUAUCCCUUGUAAGCCUUUCACUUUGUAGCCCCUGAGCUAAAGGAAACUGUUUAUUUCUUUGACAAAUAAAAGUACUUAAUAUAUGCCUACUACUUGUUGGGGAUGAUUACCUGAAUGAGUGACCUGGGGCUUCCCCUUGGGGCUCUUACAGUACAAGUGGGGAGCAAACAAAACUUGCACCUGCACCUUGGAGAGGGGAAGUACGUGGAGGGGCUGCUCUUUUGGAUUUGGGCUAGAUGAACGUCUCCCUGUAGAGGGCACAGCACAUGCAAAGCCUUGGGAGAGAAAAGAGAAUCUGAAUAUAUUGAUAAAAGGCAUUUUAAGAUCAACUUCAUCCAAACAGCAGCUUUUCUGAAAUCCUUUAGGCUUUAGGGUUUUUGUUGAAUUUUGUUGUUGUUCUGUCUACUUUGCUAUGAUUGGCUUCCCCACUACUCAUCUUGAUCCUCUUAGAAUCUGCAUAAUAAGAUCUUGGACCAGAACAAUUUAGAACUUAGACCUUGCUCUAGACCAAGAAUGUACUUGUAAAACAAUUUCAGAAGCAGCAUUUAAAAAUAAUAUUACCUACCUAUUAAUAUUACCUAUUUCAAUACAUGAAAGCCACAGGUUGCUAUGGUUUAGCACUGUUUUAAGAAGAGUAGGGAAGGAAAUCUGUGUCCUACAGAUGUUGAAAACAUAAAUAGCUUACAGGAAACUAAAUGGUGUCUUGGGGACAAUAGGAAUUGUUUUUUUCCCCAUGGUUCAGAAAUGUUUUCUGGCUAAUUUAGCCCCUUGAGUUUUUAUUAGUUGCUGUAGUGAAGGUUUUAAAAACUCAACCAUAUCUAAAAAGCUGGCCAAAAAAGGAAAUUCCAUAAUAAAUAAGGCACCUAAUUCAUCAAUCUAUUUAAGAAAAUUGUAAUAUUUUAUUGGAAUAAUGUACUUUGGGGCUAGGGACAUUUCAUUUAACUAUUUAGCAUGCUGCCUAUCUUAAGGAAUUAUAUCAGGGUUUAUAUUUUAAAUGACAACACAAAAAGCAAAACAUGUUGAAUGUAAUAAUUCUGAAAAAUACAAUUAAUAAAAAUAUAUAAUCCACCAACUGGGCUGGUUAUCCUUUGUGUAUUUCCUUACCAUAGUCAUUCUUGCAUUAGUUUCCCUUUUAUCGUUGAGGCUGGGAAUUGAAUUUGUUCUAAGAGUUGGCUUUGCUUUAUAGCUUUGUGGUUCCUUAAAAGACUAAAAGAGUUAAGUGUGGAACUCAGCAUAGAGUUUGGGUCUUCCUAAUUUCGUCUUGCAUCCCUUUUGCUGAUAUCCUGCAUCUGUUGGAAUAGCAUUUAGUGUGUGAAUGUAGAUAUGAUGGAAACCAAGCUUCUGUUGAAUGAAGUUUUUCAGUUUCUGUUAGAUUGUAGGAGGAUAUAGUUACUUAGACCUUGUAUCACCACAUAAAUGGAAAUAUCACUGUUUUAGAGUAUCUCCUGGGUUUUCAUUAAGGAGCUCUAAUAUUUCUGUGCCAUUUAUAUUUAGGACAAAAACUGUUAGAAAUUAGGAAAGAUUAGUAACCUUGUGUGCCUAUCAUAUUUCUUCUCUAGUCUUUAUCCAUUCUUACAAAGGGACUGCUUUGAAAAAGUUCCAUGAUCUACAUUAGUAACUCUGAAUAGUUCUUAAGUUUCAUGAUAAUCUUGUAAAUUUACAAAGUCUUCUGACUUCAGUUCAAGAGUGAAAGCUUAGACAUGGUAGGUUGCCCACAUCAGAUUUGAACUUGGUGUUUUCCUUACGUUUUGGCAGGAAGCAUGAGGACUGAGUAACCGAGGGUGUGUGGGGCCAAAUUCUUGGAUUUCAACCCCUCCCCCCAAUUAAACAGUAAGUAUUUGGGGUUUCCAGGCCAUAGGUCUGUUUCAGCAACUCAGUUAUGCCAUGUGUGAGGAAGCACCCUUGCACAGUUUGUAAACAAGUGGUCAUGCUGUGUUCCAAUAAAACUUGAAUUUUCACUUGAGUAUUUCUUUCUCCAUCACCUAAAAUGUAAAAAAGGAUGCUAAAUUUUUAGGCCUGUAAAAUAUCCUUACUCAACCCCACUCCUUGGCAGUGAUUCUUCACUGCUCUUGGCUAGAAAGAAAUGUGUUCUACCUACCCCUCCAAGGGCCUUUUCCAAGACGCACCUUACUGUCACCCAUGUUAGGCUAAGAACAGGUUUAUGAUGUAAUUCCCUUCUUCCAUCAUUGUUAUGUAGACUGAACAUUUAUCAAAGCCCAGUAUUUUUCAUGUAAGAAAUUAAGGAAUGUUUUUACUUUGACAAUUUCUCAAACCAUUUUUAUUUUCUAGAAUUUAUUUCAAGAAGCAUAGAGAAGGGAGAUUGAUCUCUGAUCCACUGGUUCACUAUCCACAUCUCCCGUGUGGGUAGCAGGGACCCAUGUACUUGAACCAUCACUGCUGCCUCUCAGGGUACACAUUAACAGGAAACGAACUGAAAUCAGAACUAAGACUCGAGCCACAGGCAUUCCAAAAUGGGAUGCAGGUUCCCUAAACGGUGUCUUAAUGACUGCAUCAAAUGACCAAUAUUUUAAAAACUAUAAAUGCUUUGAUACUGGAUCCAUAUGUUCCUUUUUGAAAAGCAACCUUUAAGCCUUUUCAUUGUAUGCAAAUACGUAUAUAACACUGUGUAGUGCUUUUGCAAAAUUAGUAUUGCUGUGGCAACCCUCUUUGGUAAUUGCAUAGAUCUAUAUGUCAUAAUUUUAUCUGUAUAUUGACAAUGGUUUCAUGAAUUGUGCAGCACAUAUUUCACAUUUCGGUUGUGCUACUUGCCAGAUACUUUUGUUGACUAGAUUUCUAGAAGUGGAGUUGUUGGGUUGAAAGGGCUAUACAUACAUUUUUUAAAAAUGCAAAAGCUAGUGUUAAAGAUCUUUGCUGGUGCUGGCCCAGGAUGAAGCCAGGAGCCCCAUCCUUGUCUCCCAAAUGGGUGGCAGGGGCCUAAGGACUUGAGCCCUCUUCUGCUUUCCCAGAUUUUACCAGAAUGACCUUUUGAUUGUGUAUUUGAAAGGCAGAGAUCUUCCAUUCACUGGUUGGAAGGAGCUCCUGGCUGCUGGUUUUGGCUUAGCCAUUUGGGGAGUGGACAAGCAGAUGUAAGAUCUCUCCUUCUCUCUCUGUAACUUUACCUUUCAAAUAUUUUUAAAAAAUACAAAGCUAACUGCAAAACAAAAAUUUAUGACUCUCUAAAAUUAAAAGUUACAGCAUAAAGGGAGAGGCAGAGAGCAGUCUUCCCAGCUGGUUCAAUCCCCAAAUGGCUGCAACAGUAGGAACUGGGCUGAUCCAAAGCAUCUUCCGGGUCUUCCGCAUGGGUGCAGGGGCUGAAGGAUUUGGACCAUCUUCCACUGCUUCCCAGGCGCAUUAGCAGGCAGCUGAAUCAGAAGUGGAGCGGCCAGGAUUCAAACUAGCACCCCUAUGGGAUACUGGUGCAGCAGGCAGAGACUUAACCUCUGCCAAAAUGAUGGCCCCCUGAAUAAUUCUUAAUGUCACUUCAGUGUUCCAUUAUAUAGAUAGAACCUAGCUACGGCCCCUCUGCUGCAUUGGUACCUUAUUUCCAUGGCUUAACCAUAAAUUUUUGGCUGCAUUCUUGUAGAUAUUGUGUUCUUAGUAUAAUUACUUCAUCAGAAGGCAUAUUUAAGUGUGGCUAAAAUAAUUUCACUGAGUUUGACCAAAAACAAAGUAGUCAGUCUUGCCAGUGUUUCCAGGUUGCAGAAUUCAAUUUCUGGAAUUGAGAUUUGUUGGAAGUCACACAGGAGUAGAUGAAUUUAAGGCUAUUUCCUGGCAAGAAGGUACAGAACCUUUGAGUAGUUGGGUCUUUGCUGUAGUUUUCAGAUAAGCCUUAGGAGCUUGCUUAUCUGAAUGCUAGAAUUCAGCCAGUGGCACCAGCCAGAGCUAGUAUCAGUCAAGCUUCUGUGUACAACUCUCAACAGGGUUGCUCUUAAGUCUUUAGUGGGAGAUGACAUAUUUAAAUGAUGUCGGUUUAGAAAUAAAAGUUCAUUUGAAAAGUAGAUUCAGAGAUAAAGGUCUUCCACAUGGGAAGUGGCUGUCACCCCAGAUGUUUUUGCUGGGCCAGGGUGAAGCCAGGAGCUUAGAUUGGAGUUCCACCCAGGUCUCCCCUGUGGGUGGCAGGGACCCAAGUAACUGCUGGCUUUCAGUGUGCAUUAGCAGGAAACUGGUUCAGAAGUUGGCGCUCAAACCCACGUGCUUGGAUGUGGCACAGAAAUCACAAGCAGUGUCUUAACCAGGUGUGCUAAAUGCCUGUCCUUGAAGAUGUUUAUAAAGUUAGGGAUUCUGGAGUAACUCAAAGAGCUCUUGAUCAUGAAAAUAACCCAGGAAUAGCAAAUUAAGACAGCCAUUAACAGUGUCACCAUUAGACUGGUUCUAAGACAGGCAUUAGCAGGAGUUGUGACAACACCCUAGUGGCAAACAGUUCAGUUAACCCAGUUUUUCACUAGUAAAGCUCAUGUAUGGAACAUAAAAGUGAGGAAUGUGUAUGACUAUCAUGCCUGAACAGUACCUGCUGGAGAAAACCAGACAAGCUUUCACUUGCAGGGUGAAUGCAGUAUAUACCUGUGGUUAAGGAAGCAAUGAAAAAAAAAAAAGCCUACGUUUCUCCUGGAUACUCAAUUUACACACGGAUCUUAACCUUGAUUUCAGACAGCUGAUUAUUUACAGAUCUGUUCGUGUGCUUUGUUAAAAAACAAAAACAAAGAUCAUUUCUGUUUUUAUUUGAUGUUUCCAAAUAUAAAAAAAAAAGUCAAGAUUCUUACACCAAUUAUCUCAAGAGACCAUGCAAAGCAAUUCAGUGUGUACAAAGAUUGUUUCUCCCCUUCAGUUCUGUUGCUUUAUACAAUGGUAUGACCCACAGAAAAUUGGAUGGCAUGUACCUCGUUGGAAAAUGUCAUGUUUACAAAAAAUAUGUGCAGGACAGUUUCUACUUUGUGUGCAACUCAAUUCACAGUAACUACUUCUGUGUUUUAUUUAGGAAGCACACAGAACUAAAAAUUUUAGCUGCCCGAUUUUAUUCAACUACCCCACAAAUAAGCACAGAUGACAGUCUCAGCACUGCAAACUCUGCAGGUCUGAGAUAGUAGACACUAUUCGUUAAUUUUAGUAGAUUCAACUCUUUAGCCUGGAAACAUUGGCUUUUCCUAACAGAAAUAAAUCUUAGGGCCUUUCCUCUAAUUUUGCUGGACCGGGUUCCAGAGAAGUUGGGAAGGAACCCCUCCUGUGAAAUUUCAAGUGUGGAAGCCAUAAAGUAUUCUGUUGUAUUAAUUCCUUGCUAAUUGCAUAGACUAAAGACAGUUGGUUUGCUAAAUGGCACUGAAGAAAAUCUUGAACCAAGUGGUACUACUUAGUCCAAAUAUUUCUGACCAAAGAAAAUUAUACAACAAUAUUUAUAGGCUAACUUUAAGAGAUGGUUGACAUUAAUACUGUACAUAUUUUACAUGUCAAAUACAUAGUCCAAGAGUUUAUAAAAUAAGCUCAUGCAUUAUUACUUCUAAGAAUAUCAUAUACAAGAUAAACCCCCCCAAUAUUUGUGACAGCAUUUCAGAUGGAAGCAGUCUUAUAUACAAAAGCAAUCCAGUUUCUCUGUUAAGUCUAUAAUUUAAAGAAAUUUCAGAGAUCACUGAGAAAAAAAAGCUUAGUCCAUUGAAGAUUGA